AUGUCUGAAAAUCAAUGUUAUGCUAAUAGAACAUUACCACCUGCAGUAGUUUUUUACUUGAACCAACAACAUCAGCAAACAAGUGAAGUGCCCACAUUGGCUAGACCUUCACUGACCGUUGAUUAUUUCAUGACUCGCUUUACGUUUGAGGAUGAAGAAUUUAUAGAAGAAGAGGAAGAGGAGGAAGAGGAAUUUGCGAAUGACAUAUCCGAGUCGAUUCUUCAUGAAGAAAUUAUAGAAGAAGAAGAGGAGGAAGAAGAUUUUGAAGUUGAAAUAUCUGAGAAUUUGGAAACACGAACAAGAAUGGAGUUUGCUCAUAGUAUGGAUAUUGAUCAGCAACAGCCGCCUCAUAUUCCAAGUGGAACAAUCGACGAAGUGCAGCCUACACGAGCUAGGGCGCCUCGAAUGCGUGAAGAGGAAGAGGAAGAGGAAUAUAAUGAGUUGGUGGAUCAUCAAGAUAUGUCUGAAUAUUUGGAAACAAGAACAUAUUAUUAUGAUCCUGUUAUGGAUAUAGAUGUUAAUGGAGGUGACCCAGUUGUUGAAGAUGAGGAACAAGAAACAUGUGCCAUUUGUUUACUUGAAUAUAAAGACGAAAACACCAUUAGCACACUUCAAUGUGGCCAUGAAUUUCACUCUGGAUGCAUCAAGAAGUGGCUGCAGAGGAAAAAAUCAUGUCCCUUUUGUAGAGCUUCAUUUCUUGUAACUUUGAGAGGAUAUCCAGAAUCAUUGCAGAUUAUCAUGUCAGAAUUUUCUACACAUCCAGUUCCUUAUCAUGUUUCUAAGAUUGAUAGCAUUUUAAUUUGUGCUGAAUAA